GUGGCGCCACGCGCAGCGCAACCAACUUCACGUCCAGCUGUCAUUUCUUUCUCUUUUUCGCCUCCACCGACGAGUUGCGGUCGCUAGAUUUGUAAAUUACUACAAAAAAACCAUUAAAAUGGAGAACGACGCCGGUGAGAAUGUUGAUCUGUACGUGCCCCGCAAAUGCUCGGCGUCCAACAGGAUCAUCCAUGCCAAGGACCACGCCUCCGUGCAGCUGACCAUCGUGGAUGUGGACCCCGAGACCGGUCGCCAGACCGACGGUUCCAAGACCUACGCCAUCUGCGGCGAGAUCCGUCGCAUGGGCGAGUCCGACGACUGCAUCGUGCGUCUGGCCAAGAAGGACGGCAUCAUUACCAAGAACUUCUAAGCGUGGCGUACCCAUAGCUAGAUUUUGAUUUGGUAAUAAAGCGAUUUCCCUUUGUAAUUUUACGUAUAACGUU